AUGGCCCCCGCGCUCGCGCCGCUCCGGCUGCUCUCUCCAGCCGCUGCCGAGGAAACUGACGGAGCUGGAGCGCGGCGGCUGGGCUCGGAGCCCGCGGAGCCGCCGGGGAGCUGCGCGCGCGCGGGCCGGGAGGGGCCCGCGCCCCCGGCGCCCACAGGUGCGGCGGCCUCCGCUCCUGCGCGCCCCGCCCCGGCCGCCGGCCGCCGGCCCCCCGGGGCCUCCGCGAGCCGGAGCGAGAGUCUGGGGCCGGGAGAGGACCGGUGCAGGAUCAGGGAAAGAUUCCUUGAGAUUAUCUGCAUGGAAAAUCAUGUUUUCUAUUUCAUUUUGAUGUCUUUACACAUUGAUGUAUGUACAGAUAAUAUGAAACAACCAUCAGGUGCUGAAUUCUGCUUCUGAGAAAGGCCACAAGGUUAUAGUCUUAAAUGAGCAGGAUCCAAUUUGGUAACAUUCUGCAUAUCAUUAUGACCUCUCUCUAAAGUAGAUUUUUCUUAUGCUAUUUUCCGUGUUUUUGAGAGUUUAAGAACUACUACACACUAACAAUAAAAAUUGUUACUUUAUUCUUUCAUGCCUUAUUUCUUUACCACUCUUCCCGAAUGUUGUUUCCUAUAAAAACUGGUCCAAAAGAAGGUUAAGCUAAUCAAAUGAUUGACUAUUGCAAUUUUUUUUAGUUUUUAAAAUUUUUAUUUAUUUAUUUUUAAAAUUUUUAUUUAAAAAUUUUUAAAUUUAAAUUCUAGUUAGUUAACACACGGUGUAAUAGGUUUCAGGUAUAAAAUCUAGUAAUUCAACACUUAUAUAUAACACCCAGUGCUCAUCACAACAAGUGCCCUCCUUAAUCCCCAUCACCUAUUUUAUCCAUCCCCCUACUCACCUCCCUUCUGGUAACCAUCAGUUUGUUCUCUGUAGUUAAGAGUCUGUUUCUUGGUUUGUGUCUUUCUCUCUCUUUUGUCUCUUUGCUCCUUUGUUUUGUUUCUUAAAUUCCACAUACGAGUGAAAUCAUAUGGUAUUUGUCUUUCUCUGACUGACUUACUUUGCUUAGCAUAACACU